UGACUGUAGCCUGUAUAUUGUGGUGCCGUACUUUUCUAUCUGAUAUACAUCAUUUAAUGCGUGUACAAUUUAUACGCGACUAUGUUUUUUGUAUAGUGCUUAAAAAUAUAAUAAUUGGAUUCAAACUCUACUCGUUUUACAUUUGUCGGCAUUACAUGUUAACAUUGUAAACGCUAAAUAAAAAAAUCAUCAAAAUGGCACAUUACAAAGGAGCUGCCAGUGAAGCUGGCCGUGCUAUGCAAUUAAUGAAAAAACGGGAGCUUGCUCAAGCUGAAAUAGAGUUACGUAAGAAAAAAAUUGAAGAAGAAAUGAAACUGUCAAAUAUAGAAAAUAAGUUUGCCAAACAUUAUGAUUCUUUGGAGGCACAGCUCAAGAGCUCGACUAUUGGUUUGGUGACCCUAGAUGAAAUGAAAGCUAAACAAGAGACAGUUGUCCAAGAAAGAGCUAAGAGAUUAGUACAAAAAGAAAAAGAAGUGGAAUUUGAAAAGCAAAGACAAUUAGAAGCAAAACUAGAAGAAAAACGAAGACAGCAACGGAAGAUUAAAGCAUUGUCAUUUAUUGAAGAUAUGUCUGAAGAAAGCGAAGUAGAAGAAGAAGACGAAGAAGAGGCAGAAGAAGAAUCUACCUUUCAACCUUUACCUAAAAAAAUCAAAAAAAAUCCAGAUGUUGAUACAAGCUUUUUACCAGAUCGUGCCAGAGAAUCUGAAGAGAAUUGUUUACGAGAAACAUUAAGACAAGAAUGGACCGAUAAACAAAAAUGCUUAAAAGAAGAAGAAAUAAGUAUUACAUUCAGUUACUGGGAUGGUUCAGGUCAUAGACGUACAAUUGUUAUGAAAAAGGGUAAUACAAUUUAUCAAUUUUUACAAAAAGCACUAGAACAACUACGUCGUGAUUUUGGAGAGCUCAAAACUAUAAUGGCUGACCAAUUAAUGUAUGUUAAAGAAGAUUUGAUAUUGCCACACCAUUAUUCGUUUUAUGAUUUCAUUGUUGCUAAAGCAAGAGGUAAAAGUGGUCCACUGUUCACAUUUGGUGUUCAUGAUGAUAUUCGAAUGGUUAGUGAUGCUAGUUUAGAGAAAGAAGACUCGCAUGCAGGGAAAGUGUUACUGAGAAAUUGGUAUGAAAGGAACAAACAUAUUUUUCCUGCUAGUCGAUGGGAACCAUUUGAUCCUUUAAAGACAUUUGCCAAAUACACAAUUAAAGACAAAACACAAAAACAUGAAGCAACACAAAAAAACUAAAAAUUGAAUUAAAUUAAAUUGUAAUGUAAAAUAUGUAAAUACAAAAAUUAACCAGUUUUAUCAAAUGGCUUCUUUGUUUUGAUGUUUCAGGUAUUAAAAUCCGAAUAAAAUACAAUAACAAGAUUUUUGCAACUAGAACAUUUGGUCUCAGGUUUGUAAAAAA